AUGGAGUCAUCGAGAGGGCGAUCGCAACUGGGCCAGCUGUACCUGCGCUAUCAAUUGGCCAUUCGCAAUGGACGCGGAGACGAUCCGUUCGGUCUUGUUGACUAUCGGCUGCUCAUUCCGGAGCUUACUGUAUCCAGCACAACGGCACAACGGCACAACAGCACAAAACACAAAGCUCAAUGCAUCAUCUUUCGCCUCCCCCUGAUAUCAGAGAUUGGUAGCAAGGACCUGUCGCACCGCAGUGGAGAGGUGAUCGGCCACACAAAAGCCGGCGAGUGGAUUGUUCCUGGCUUGACGCAUGAAAAACUGGCCCAGGACGGUCGCAAGUGGCCAACUCGAUGA